CGUGCGUUGCGUUUCCAUAACGUAGUUGGACGCAGCGUGAUACAGCUUCUUCAAGCUUCUUGGCGUCGCCUGAGUUGCCGAGAGUUGCCUACUGUUCGUUAUGAUGGUUGCUUGUCCUUUAACUCCCGAAUUCCUCACUCAGCUGCGUGGAAAGUUUUUUUCUGAUGACCGCAAUGUAUUGGCGCAAAAUAUCUGUACAAAGGCGAAUCCAAUUGAAGCUUGUGCUUCUAGAAAGAUUUUAGAAGAAUCUUCUCAUGUGUUUACCCACAAAAUUGAGACUGAAGGCAAGCCCGUGACUAAUCAGAAAAACUCUGGAAGAUGCUGGCUGUUUGCUAUUCUAAAUGUCAUGAGAACUGGCUUCAUGAAACAAUAUAAUUUGGAUGAGUUUGAAUUUAGCCAAGCUUAUUUGUUCUUUUGGGACAAGGUAGAACGUUGCAAUUAUUUUUUGCAUAAUAUUGUGAAUACUGCAAAACGCGAUGAACCAGUUGAGGGACGUUUAGUUAACUUUUUAUUAAACGAUCCCACUUGUGAUGGUGGCCAAUGGGAUAUGAUUGUGAAUCUUAUAACUAGACAUGGUGUUGUACCAAAAGUAUGUUUUCCGGAGUCGUACAAUUGCGAGUCUAGCGCUCGCAUGAAUAGUCUGCUGAAGAGCAAGUUGCGAGAAUAUGCAAAAGUCCUUCGGGACAUGAUUGACAACAAUGCCUCUGAUGAGGAGCUGAAAGCACGGAUAGGCGAGCAAAUGGUAGUGAUUUAUAGAAUAAUCGGUAUUUGCCUAGGUAUACCCUCUGAAAAAAUUACGUGGGAAUACUACGACAAGUCGAAGAAUUACAAUUGUGUGGGACCCAUUACACCAUUGGAAUUUUAUGAAAAUUAUGUUAAACCACACUACAAUGUGAAUGACAAGAUAUGUUUGGUGACUGAUCCACGGCCGGCUAAUCCUUAUGGAAAGCUAUAUACUGUUGAUUGUCUGGGUAACGUUGUAGGUGGCAAGACUACUCGUUACAAUAAUCAGCCGGUAGAAUUGUUGAUGAAACUUUGUGCCGAGAGCAUUAAGAACAAUGAACCUGUUUGGUUCGGCUGCGAUGUCAACAAAAGAUUGAUAGAUAAACACGGCAUUCAUGAUAUAAAAGCAUACAACUUCGAGCUAAUGUUUGGUACCGAUAUUCACGUUGGACUUUCCAAGGCUGAUAGACUACUCUAUGGAGAUUCUAUGAUGGUGCACGCGAUGGCAUUAACAGCUGUCUCAAUAGACCGAGAUGGUAAGAUAAAAAAAUUCCGGAUAGAGAACUCAUGGGGUGAAGAUCAUGGACAAAAAGGUUACCAAGUUGUAACUACUGAAUGGUUUGCUGACUUCGUUUUCGAAGCAGUCGUAGACAAAAAGUACGUGCCUGCGGACGUGAUAGCUGUAUUCAAUCAAGAACCCAUUGUUUUACCGGCUUGGGAUCCUAUGGGCACACUUGCUCAUUGAUGUUAAAGUAGACUUAACUUAUAUAAUGGCAAGCAGUUUUACACUACAAAGAUUUGCAACAUAAUAAGAGAACUGAAAUAUUUAAUAAAAAUUCCGGGGGCAGUGAUGAAUAUGUACAAAAUAUGUACAAUAUUUUAUAUCUUACAAAAAAAGCAAAAAAAAAAACAGCAGUAUUGAAAUUACAUUUCAUAUAAAUUGCAAUUUUAUCUUGUUUAUUAUGGUAUAUGAGGGCAACAUUUAGUUCCACUAUAUCAAGACUGAAUGCACAAGUUACCAUAUUUGAAAUCACGCAAUAUUAUCGUCAGGGCUGGGCAAACACAUUUGAUAUACAAAAUGCAAAAUAAUAACAAUUUUAGUAUUUAUUGCAAAAUAUCUUCAAUUUUUUUAUUUCAAAUACAAAAUUUUUGUAUUUUAAAUCGAAAAUUAAAAGUAUUUUGUAUUUUAUAAUUUAAAUACCAAGAUUGUGUUAGCAUUGUACAUUUUGUAUUUCAAAUAUUUUAUUGUAUUUGAAAUACAUUUUGUCCAGCCUUGGUUAUCGUUUACAUAUACGUAUGUGAAAUCGCAGUUUCCGAUUGUGCAACGUUUGUGAAAAGAGGAAAAUAGUGCUAUGUUGCAUAUUUUAUUUUAAUAGGCAGUAAGGUAUCAAUUCCUGAAAUGCAAUUUAUAUUAUAAGUAACUAAAUAGUGGUCGUUUUAACACGUCGCUUUUAAUGCGAUAAACUACAACACCAUGUUUUUUAUCGUAUAACCAAAAAUAAAUAUAGAUUGUGCAAACAAUUUUCCAUCAUAUUACA